CUGAUGCUUUCCAAUUUCUCUUUAAUCGUACAUUCUUCUUAAACUUCAAUUGAUUCUGAUCACCUUCAUUACCUGUUGUGUUGAUAAAUCACCAUCGCCAUCAUGGUCAAGCAAGAGAACGCCACACCGGCACGACCGCCGCCUGCUUCCUUGAAGAAAGCCUCAAGCUCGUCACAGCAACGGUCAAUCCAGAGCUUCUUCUCGAAGGCACCAUCCAGUACUCCAAACUCGUCGAACACAUCGUCGAACGGCGUCUUGAAAGCCAAUGAUACUUCGGAAAAGGUCAACGCGAUGGCCAAACCUAAAGCAUCUGUGAAGAAACCUGCGUUCAGGAAAUCUGCAGUGAAGAGCAUGACGCCCGUUCCAAGCAGUGACACGAGGGAACUGUCAAGCUCUCAAGAGAAUAAAAACGGAGGAGUCCCGGAAGAGGUAGAAGAAUCUGGGUUACCUUCGCCCUCGACACCUUCUAAGAGAGUCCAGGUUUUCAACGGCAUGGCAUUAACACCGUCACGAAAGGCCAAGAAAGCUGUUAGCUACGUGGAGUCUGACGACGAAGAUGACGAAGAGGAUGUUUUCGAACCUGCCAGAAACUCAAGAAAGCGAGGGGGAUCAAAGCCAAAGGUCGUGGAAUCAGACUCUGAGGAUGAUUUUGUUGGUGGUCUAGAUGGAGCAGUAGAUGAUGAUGAUGAGAUGGACGAUUUCGUGGUCGACGACGAUUCUGAUGCUCCAUCGAAGCCAUCAAAGAAGAGGAAGCGCCCAACAUCCACCGCGACGUCCAGAAAGCGUCCCGAAAUCGCGCCUCCCACACCUUUCGAGAAGGAUGAUGACGAGGAAGAUGAGGACGAGGACUUGGACAUCCCAGGUCCGUCCACAGCUCAACAGUGGAAGUACGAUCCCGAAAAUACUGCACCACUUCAACCGAGAUCUGCCAAUAUUUCAAAGACUCCGGCAUCAAAUAAGAAGCCGAUUAAGGAGAAAGCUUGCAAGACCGAACCUGAGAAGCGCUAUCCAUGGUUGGCUAGUUUACAAGACAUGGAUCGCAAUCCUAUUGGACAUCCAGACUAUGAUCCAAGGACUCUCUAUAUCCCUCCCAACGCUUGGGCUAAGUUCUCCCCCUUCGAGAAGCAGUAUUGGGAGAUCAAGCAAAAGUUCUGGGAUACUGUCGUCUUCUUCAAGAAGGGCAAAUUCUAUGAGCUUUACGAAAUCGAUGCCACGAUUGGCCAUCAAUUAUUUGACCUCAAGCUUACUGACAGAGUUAAUAUGCGCAUGGUUGGAGUACCAGAGAUGUCUUUGGAUCAUUGGGCCAACCAAUUCGUAGCAAAGGGCUACAAGAUCGCUAGAGUUGACCAAUGCGAGUCUGCACUUGGUAAAGAAAUGCGCGAGACUGAAGAGAAGACUAGCAAAGGCAAGAAAGACAAAAUCAUCCGUCGAGAGCUGGCAUGCGUUCUUACGAGAGGCACGUUGGUUGAAGGCAGCAUGCUUCAGGAUGAUAUGGCCACCUACUGCGUUGCUAUCAAGGAGUCUACCGUGGAUGAGCUGCCAGCUUUUGGUAUUGCUUUCGUCGAUACUGCGACUGGACAAUUCUUCCUCUCUGAUUUCGUUGAUGACUUGGACUUGACGAAGUUCGAGACUUUCAUUGCCCAGACCCGACCCCAAGAACUUCUCUUGGAGAAGGGAUGCGUAUCCACAAAGGCUCUACGGAUCUUGAAGAAUAAUACCAGUCCAACUACGAUCUGGAAUCACUUCAAACCUGGUAAAGAAUUUUGGCCAGCUGAAAUUGCUCGUCGAGAGCUUGACUGCAGCGGAUACUUCGUUUCACAGGAAGCUGGAGGAGCGGAAGUGUGGCCAGAGAAGCUGGAAGAAGCCAGAGACAAGGACCUCGUUAUGUCUGCCACGGGUGCAUUGGUUCAAUACCUCAGAACACUCAAGCUGGAACGAGAUCUGCUGACCCAGGGUAACUUCACUUGGUACAGCCCGAUCCAGAAGGGUACCACGCUCGUCCUGGAUGGUCAGACGUUGAUUAAUUUGGAAAUCUUCGCCAACACAUUUGACGGAAGCUCCGACGGAACACUAUUUACUCUUCUCAACCGCUGUGUAACACCGUUUGGUAAACGACUGUUCCGACAGUGGGUUUGCCAUCCGUUGGCAGACGCUGAACGAAUCAACGAGCGUUUGGAUGCUGUGGAUAUGCUCAACAAAGAUCGUAGCCUCAGCGAUCAGUUUACUGCUUCGAUGACUCGGAUGCCAGAUCUUGAGCGACUCAUUUCCCGUAUACACGCAGGAUCCUGCAGACCGGAAGACUUUGUCAAAGUCAUCGAUGGUUUUGGGCAAAUAGAGUACACUAUGGAUCUGCUCUCUGCCUUCCAGGGAGGAGAUGGAAUUGUUGAUCGCCUCAUUGCUUCUAUGCCAGAUCUCAAGGAGCCAUUGGAAUUCUGGAAGACGGCAUUUGACCAUGAAAAGGCAAGGGAGGAGAAGCUUCUCGUACCAGCAAGCGGUGUUGAGGAGGAGUUUGACGACAGCCAGGACAAAAUUAAGCAGCUCGAAGAUGACUUGAAGGAUCUCCUCAAACGUAAGCGAAAAGACUUGGGCGGCUCAGCAAAGAUCCAAUUUAAGAACAUUGGAAAGGAGGUGUAUCAGAUUGAGGUGCCGACAGCAAUCAAAGCACCCAAUGGCUGGCAGGUCAUGUCAACGGCUGCAGGCUUCAAACGGUAUUACUUCCCAGAACUGAAAGGUCUCAUCCGGCAACUCCAGGAGGCACAAGAGACUCAUGGUCAAAUUAUGAAGCAAGUAGCUGGUCGACUCUACGCUCGCUUUGACCAAGAUUACAUGACUUGGUUGCAAGCCGUCAAGGUAAUCUCACAGCUUGAUUGCCUCAUCAGUCUUGCUGCUGCGUCUGCAGCUCUUGGAGAGCCAAGCUGCCGUCCAACCUUUGUUGAAUCUGAAAGAAGUGUUGUCGAGUUCGAGGAGCUUCGCCACCCUUGCAUGCUACCAAAUGUUACUGACUUCAUUCCGAAUGAUGUCAAGCUUGGUGGUGAUGUCCCGAAUAUUGAUUUGUUGACUGGCGCAAACGCAGCUGGAAAGUCAACAAUUCUCAGAAUGACUUGCGUAGCUGUCAUUAUGGCACAGAUUGGCUGCUAUGUGCCUUGUGUAUCUGCGACCAUGACUCCAUGUGAUCGAAUCAUGUCUCGUCUAGGAGCUAAUGAUAACAUCUUCGCUGCACAGAGUACCUUCUUUGUUGAACUUUCCGAGACCAAGAAGAUUCUCUCCGAGGCUACAUCACGCUCACUUGUCAUUCUCGAUGAGCUGGGCCGUGGAACAAGCUCAUAUGAUGGAGUGGCUGUUGCUCAAUCUGUCCUUCAUCACGUCGCUUCGCAUAUUGGCUGUAUUGGUUUCUUCGCCACUCAUUAUCACUCUAUUGCAACAGAGUUUGCGGGCCAUCCAGAAGUCGCACCGAAGCGAAUGCAAAUUCACGUCGAUGACGAGAAUCGUCAAGUUACAUUCUUGUACAAGCUCGAGGACGGUGUGGCAGAAGGCAGUUUCGGUAUGCAUUGCGCAGCCAUGUGUGGCAUUCCCAAUAAGGUCAUCGACCGUGCUGAAGUGGCUGCUCGCGAAUGGGAACACACGAGCAGGCUGAAGGAGAGUUUGGAAAAAGCGAGAAGCGGAUGUUAUAUCCCGCUUGGUGUACAAAGUGACGUGAGCUGGAUUCUCAAGGAAGCUCUGGCUGAGGAUGGAAUUGAAGAGAGGGGACUAAAUGUGCUCAUGAAAGCUAUUGCGAAUUUGUAAAAUAUGGGUGUGGUGCUACUUGGUGAGGUGGGCUUAUUUCUAGAGCGUUUCUGGCGGGGCGUCAUGUGGCUAUUUGCUUUUACGGACGCCGUAUCUUGUAAUGGGAAGACUCAGCAGAGAAUAUUAAAGGUGUAGAUUCAGCGACAUAGACGCGCAUGGGAAAACAAUUUGUCAG